AAGACCCCUCACUUAGCUAAGGCCGCCUCUGCCGAAAGCGGAGAGCUGGUGAACUCCUCAUGAAAUAUAAAGAGCACUCACCCUUACAUUGCCUCAUCAUUGGCCCUAUUCAAUCCACGGCUCCUGCUUCAAAUACGUCGCCUACAACAAAAUGACUUCCGAGAACACCAAGAAGCUGCGCGCUGAGUUGUUCGAGGCUGGGCUCCAAAAUCGUCGGGAAGUGGUCGGGGAAGCUUACGUUGAAACUGCUAUGCGCAAUGGUUCCAGUGAAUUUGCCUAUCCUCAACAAGAACUGAUUACAGAGUGGGCUUGGGGAAACAUAUGGUCACGUCCAGGCUUGGAACGCAAGCAGAGAAGCCUUCUUAAUAUCGGUAUGCUGAUUGCUCUCAAGAGCUGGACCGAGUUUGGUACGCAUAUACGGGGAACGAACGGGCUUACCGAGCUCGAGAUUCGCGAGGCAAUCUUACAAGCGACGGUAUACUGUGGGGCACCUGCCGGUGUUCAGGCUAUGAAGGUGGCGGAUGGCGUCCUCGAAGACAUGAUCAGCAAGGGAGAGCACAAGAGACAAAUGGCAGAAGUCUCGCCCAGUUACAGAAAGCCAGAGUAG